GACAAGGUCCUGCUUAGAUCCUCUUUGGGUGGCCUGUGUCUGCUCGGUCCCUGGUGUGACCUCUCUCAAGAUGCCUGAGCCAGGGAAGAAGCCAGUCUCAGCCUUCAUCAAGAAGCCACGAUCAGUGGAGGUGGCCACCGGCAGCCCUGCUGUGUUUGAGGCUGAGACAGAGCGGUCAGGAGUGAAGGUGCGCUGGCAGCGGGGGGGCAGUGACAUCAGCACCAACAGCAAGUACAGCCUGGCAGCUGAAGGCACACAGCACACACUGACAGUGCGGGACGUGGGUCCUGCUGACCAGGGGCCCUAUGCAAUCAUUGCUGGCUCCUCCAAGGUCAAAUUUGACCUCAAGGUCCUAGAAGCAGAGAGGGCAGAGCCUGUGCUAGGCCCUGUUCUCAGCCCUGCAGAGGCCCCUGGAGCCCCUGGAGUAGCCCUGGCCUCAGCUGCUGAGGUGGAAGGAGGUUCCCCAAGUCCCAGAGGACCAAGCUCGGCAGCCUCCCACAGCCCUGGUGCACCUGAUGACCACAUUGGUCUCUUUGUGACGCGGCCGCAGGAUGGUGAGGUGACCAUUGGAGGCUCUAUCACCUUCUCUGCUCGUGUGGCGGGGGCCAGCCUCCUGAAACCACCCAUGGUCAAGUGGUUCAAGGGCAAGUGGGUGGACCUGAACAGCAAGGUGGGCCAGCACCUGCAGCUGCACAACAGCUACGACCGGGCCAGCAAGGUCUACUUGUUCGAGCUGCACAUCACAGAUGCCCAGGCCACCUCUGCUGGUGGCUACCGCUGUGAAGUGUCCACCAAGGACCAAUUUGACAGCUGCAACUUCAGCCUCACCGUCCACGAGGCCAUUGGCUCUGGAGACCUGGAUCUCCGAUCAGCUUUCCGCCGCAUGAGCAUGGCCGGAAGUGGUCGACGGAUCAGUGACAGCCAUGAGGAUGCUGGUACUCUGGACUUCAGCUCACUGCUGAAGAAGAGAGACAGUUAUCGGACCCCAAGGUUGGAGGCCCCAGCCGAGGAGGAUGUCUGGGAGAUCCUGCGUCAGGCAGCCCCAUCGGAGUACGAGCGCAUCGCCUUCCAGCAUGGAGUCACCGACCUGCGCGGCAUGCUCAAGAGGCUCAAGGGCAUAAAGCGUGAUGAGAAAAAGAGCACGGCCUUUCAGAAGAAGCUGGAGCCGGCCUACCAGGUGAGCAAGGGCCACAAGAUCCGGCUGACCGUAGAGCUGGCCGACCCUGACGCUGAGGUCAAGUGGCUGAAGAAUGGACAGGAGAUCCAGAUGAGUGGCAGCAAGUAUAUCUUCGAGUCUGUCGGGGCCAAGCGCACACUGACCAUCAGCCAGUGCUCACUCGCGGACGAUGCUGCCUACCAGUGCGCAGUGGGAGGGGAGAAAUGCAGCACUGAGCUCUUUGUCAGAGAGCCCCCAGUGCAGGUCACACGGCCACUGGAGGACCAGCUGGUGAUGGUGGGACAGCGGGUAGAGUUUGAGUGCGAGGUGUCUGAGGAGGGGGCCCAGGUCAAAUGGCUGAAGGACGGGGUAGAGCUGACCCGGGAGGAGACCUUCAAGUACCGGUUCAAGAAGGACGGGCAGAGACACCACCUGAUCAUCAACGAGGCUACGCUGGAGGACGCCGGGCACUAUGCUCUGCAUGCCAGUGGGGACCAGACACUGGCCGAGCUCAUUGUGCAGGAGAAAAAGCUGGAGGUAUACCAGAGCAUCGCGGACUUGACGGUGGGCGCAAAGGAUCAGGCCAUGUUCAAGUGUGAGGUGUCAGACGAGAGUGUGCGGGGAAUGUGGCUGAAGAACGGGAGGGAGCUGGUGCCUGACAGCCGCAUCAAGGUGUCCCACAUUGGACGGGUCCACAAGCUGACCAUUGACGACGUCACCCCCGCAGACGAGGCUGACUACAGUUUUGUGCCUGAGGGCUUUGCCUGCAAUCUGUCUGCCAAGCUCCACUUCAUGGAGGUCAAGAUUGACUUUGUGCCCAGGCAGGAGCCUCCCAAGAUCCACCUAGACUGCCCCGGCCACAUGCUGGAUACCAUCGUGGUUGUGGCUGGGAACAAGCUACGCCUGGAUGUCCCUAUCUCCGGGGACCCUGUUCCCACUGUGAUCUGGCAGAAGUCCCUCACACAGGGGAGUAAGGUCCUGGCUAUGCCAGCUCCCGAUGGCUCAGGGGAUGCAAGUGCCAGUGACGAGUGGGUGUUUGAAAGGAAGCUGCUGUGUGAGACUGAGGGCCGGGUCCGAGUGGAGACCACCAAGGACCGCAGCAUCUUCACUGUCGAGGGGGCAGAGAAGGAAGAUGAGGGCGUCUACAUUGUCACAGUGAAGAACCCCGUUGGGGAGGACCAGGUCAACCUUACAGUCAAGGUCAUUGAUGUACCGGAUGCCCCUGCUGCCCCCAAGAUCAGCAACGUGGGCGAGGACUCCUGCACCGUGCACUGGGAGCCACCUGCCUAUGAUGGUGGGCAGCCAGUCCAGGGCUACAUCCUGGAGCGCAAGAAGAAGAAGAGCUACCGGUGGAUGCGGCUCAACUUCGACUUGCUGCGGGGACUGAGCCAUGAGGCGCGGCGCAUGAUUGAGGGCGUGGUGUAUGAGAUGCGCGUCUAUGCAGUCAACGCCAUUGGCUUGUCCAGGCCCAGCCCUGCCUCCCAGCCCUUCAUGCCUAUCGGCCCCCCCAGCGAGCCCACUCACCUGGCAGUGGAGGAUACCUCCCACACCAGUGUCUCCCUCAAGUGGCGGCCCCCAGAGCGCGUGGGAGCUGGAGGCCUGGACGGCUACAGCGUGGAAUACUGCCAGGAGGGCUGCUCAGAGUGGGUGGCUGCCCUGCAGGAGCUGACAGAGCGCACAUCGAUGCUGGUGAAGGACCUGCCCACAGGGGCCCGGCUGCUCUUCCGUGUGCGGGCACACAAUAUGGCAGGGCCUGGAGCCCCUGUCACCACCAAGGAGCCUGUGACGGUGCAGGAGAUACUGCAGCGGCCACGGCUCCAGCUGCCCCGACACCUGCGCCAGACCAUCCAGAGGAGGGUCGGGGAGCCCGUGAACCUCCUCGUCCCUUUCCAGGGCAAGCCCCGACCUCAGGUGACCUGGACCAGAGAGGGGCAGCCGCUGGCAGGUGAGGAAGUGAGCAUCCGCAACAGCCCUACAAACACCAUCCUGUUCAUACGGGCCGCUCGCCGUGCCCACUCUGGCACCUACCAGGUGACGCUGUGCAUUGAGAACAUGGAGGACAAGGCCACACUGGUCCUGCAGAUCGUUGACAAGCCAAGUCCUCCCCAGGAUAUUCGGGUCAUUGAGGCAUGGGGUUUCAAUGUGGCUCUGGAAUGGAAGCCACCUCAAGACGAUGGCAACACAGAGAUCUGGGGCUACACAGUACAGAAAGCUGACAGGAAGACCAUGGAGUGGUUCACUGUCUUGGAGAAUUACCGCCGCACCCACUGUGUGGUAUCAGAGCUCAUCAUUGGCAAUGGCUACUACUUCCGGAUCUUCAGCCAUAACAUGGUGGGGGCGAGUGACAGAGCUGCCACCACCAAGGAGCCUGUCUUUAUCCCUAAACCAGGCAUCACUUAUGAGCCACCCACAUACAAGGCCCUGGACUUCUCCGAGGCCCCAUGCUUCACCCGCCCCCUGGUGAACCGCUCGGUCAUUGCUGGCUACAACGCCACCCUCUGCUGUGCUGUCCGGGGCAGCCCCAAGCCCAAGAUUUCCUGGUUCAAGAAUGGCCUGGACCUGCGAGAAGAUGCCCGCUUCCGUACGUUCAGCAAGCAGGGAGUGUUGACCCUGGAGAUUAGAAAGCCCUGUCCCUUUGAUGGGGGUGUCUACGUCUGCAGGGCCACCAAUUUACAAGGCGAGGCACAGUGUGAGUGCCACCUAGAGGUGCGAGCCACGGGUACUGGCUCCUGGGCUCUGCUACCACAGCUGGUCCCCCUGGCCUUCCAGAAGGCUGGGCAGACACACAUGUGCCAUGGCCUCCUCCUCUCCUGCAGUGCCUCAGUGACCAGGCUGGCUCCCCAGGAUGGCCAGGUGCAACCAGAUACCAGCGCCUGUGCCAGGAGCCUGAAAGGAAGCUGGAUGAGCCACCUUCCUGCUGUUGGAUGUGUGUAUGCAAGCGUGUAUCUUGGAGCUGGGGAGGGGUGGCAUCCAUAGGGCAUCAUAGUUAUGGUGAGCAGGCCUGGUGGGCUCUGUGCAGACUGGACUGUCAGAGCUUCCACUAGAUGCUCAGAUCUUUGGGGUGAAUAGUGGGCUGCCUGCCCUGUCUUCUCAAUGUAUAGGGGCAAUAAAAGAUCAAUGCACUCAGAAAACUGA